CUUUAAGAGGCGGCGCGGCCCCGCCCCCCCGCGGCGGGCUGGGAAGCGUAGUCCGGCGGGCACGCGCCUUCCGCCCCGGCCCGGGCUCUGCCUGCCGCGGCGCAGCGGGUCAGAGUAACUGAGAGAAUCUAGACGAAGGCACAUUCACUAAAUAUGGAAGAGGACACCAAACCUCUCUUGGUUCCUGUAGAAGGUGAUGAAAGCAGUCAUGGUAUGAAUAUACAGUUUAAUCCAGAAGACCUUAAAUGCAAAAGACCUUUUCACGUGGAGCCUACAAACAUAGUCAGUGUGAAUGAUGACAUGCAAAGAGUCACUGAUGAAGCUUCAGCAAUGAAUAAGCGGAUUCAUUACUAUAGCAGGCUCACAUCUCCUACAGACAGGGCAUUGAUUGCUCCUGAUCAUGUCCUUCCAGCUCCUGAUGAAAUCUAUGUGUACAGUCCAUUAGGAACUGCUUUUAAAGUUGACAGUUGCACAGAUGGCUAUGGUAAAAACUCCAGUCUAGUGACAAUAUUUAUGAUAUGGAAUACGAUGAUGGGUACGUCUAUAUUAAGUAUCCCAUGGGGAAUAAAACAGGCAGGCUUUACUUCUGGAAUCAUUCUCAUCUUACUGAUGGGCGUUUUGACUCUUUAUUGCUGCUACAGAGUUGUGAAAUCACGGAAAAUGAUACCUUUAAUAGAUACUUCAAACUGGGAAUUCCCAGAUGUUUGCAAAUAUUACUUUGGAUCCUUUGGUCAAUGGUCGAGCCUCUUAUUUUCUAUGAUCUCACUUGUUGGAGCCAUGGUUGUUUAUUGGGUGCUUAUGUCCAACUUUCUGUUCAACACAGGAAAGUUUAUAUACAACUUUGUUCAUGACGUUAAUGUAACAGAUAUUGUUCCUGGCACAAAUGGAAGUAACAAAGUCAUUUGUCCAAGUGCUGCUAGCGGUCACCCACCAGAGAACAGGAGCGUGAUUUUCUCUUCUGGCAACGAUACAGGUUUUGAACUCUUUCAGGAGUGGUGGAACAAAUCUCAAACAGUACCAUUUUACUUGAUUGCUGUUCUUCUACCCCUGCUAAAUCUGAAGUCUCCAUCCUUCUUUGCGAAGUUUAAUGUCCUAGGUACGGUUUCAGUUGUCUACUUAGUUUUUCUGGUUACUGUAAAGGCUGCUCAUCUGGGAAUCCAUUUAGAAUACCACUGGUUUACAGAGACUGAAUUUUUUGUACCAGAGUUUAGAGUCCUGUUCCCUCAACUCACAGGGGUUCUGACACUUGCCUUCUUCAUCCAUAAUUGUGUCAUCACACUUCUUCAAAACAACAGGAAUCAAGAAAACAAUGUGAGAGACCUCUCUAUUGCAUACUUCCUGGUGGGAUUAACAUAUCUGUAUGUUGGAAUGAUAAUUUUUGCAUCUUUUCCUUCUCCACCACUGUCCAAAGAAUGUAUUGAACAGAAUUUUCUAGAUAAUUUUCCCAGUGAUGAUAUCAUGUCAUUUGUUGCAAGAAUAUUCCUGCUGUUCCAGAUGAUGACUGUAUACCCACUGCUGGGCUAUCUUGCACGAGUUCAGCUGUUAAAACAGUUUUUUGGAAAUGCUUACCCAAGUGUCUUCCAUGUGCUUGUCCUGAACAUAGCAAUUGUAGGAGCUGGAGUAGCAAUGGCAAGAUUUUAUCCAAAUAUAGGAGGUAUCAUAAGAUACUCUGGAGCAACAUGUGGUCUGGCCUUUGUAUUCGUGUAUCCAUCCCUCAUCUACGUGAUCUCCCUGCAUCGUGCUGGGCAGCUGACGUGGCCCACAUUGAUCAUUCACAUCUUUAUAAUCCUCCUUGGACUGGCUAAUCUGAUUGCACAAUUCCUAUUGUGAAAACUCCCCCUUUUCCCUAUGGUUGUCACAAGUGGUACUGUGACAUUUGGCAACAGCCUUGAGCAACACUGUCACACAUGAGAAUAAACAACCCUCAGUAUGAUCUUCUUGAGAAAAACAGCACCUUUGAAACAAAUACAAAACACAUCUUUCAAGUGCUUGACAGGAAACCUAUCUUGCUCCUCUAAAAUACAGUUUUGUGAGAAGUAAAAUGGUUAGAUUUGAGUGAGGUAGUUCUCCUGGUUUUGUUGAACAUGCAUCAAAGAUUAAUGAAGCACAAAUAUUUUAAUUUUUGCACCACACUUCUCAAAACACAAAGCUUUCAGCCCCGGGCUGUAAACUCCCUUCUUUUCGUCCAAAGGAACUGUCCUUACCUUUAUUGAUACUUAUGUGUUCACAAUAUUGUUCAGUGACUGAAAUGCUUUUUUGUUGCAGUUAUUUUCCUGUUUUGUUAUUUUGUUAGUCAUUUGGGCUAAAAUGAGCUCUUAAUUUUGAAUAUGCUAUGAAAUUGUUUUGGCAAUAUUUCUCCUCUAGGGAAUUCCAACUAAAAGAAACAAUAAACUCAUGUCUUAGUCUUUUAUUCAGGACCAAUACAUACACAAGUUAUUUGUGAUCUUACAGUGAAAAAAAGUAAGGUGGAUAAAAAUAAAUUAGACCAAGACAAUUAAAAUUAGAACUUCUGGCCUGAUCUCACUUCAACUCUGUUAAGUGGGCUGUUAAGUGCUAUGAAGUUGUCUCUCCAGGAGCUGCAUGUGAUUUUAUGGACACAAUGUUCAGCACAGGCUUGCAUCUUCCCUUGCUGCCUUGCUCCAGACAUUUUGGAUAUGAGCGGAGAGAUAAAUUUGGCAGUCUUCAGAACUGUGGACUAAAUCAAAUAAUAUAAAAUAAUAUAUAAAAAUCUAAGUUACCAGACACUAGUGGAAUGUCAUCUUUUGUGGUUGCAGAGAGAGUAAAAACUCUCUGUACAGAAUUUCAGUGUAUUAAAAUAAUCAACAGAUGUAGAAUAAUUGAAAGAGAAUUCUGAGCAGUGCUAAAUUCCGAAGUAAGUAAAAGUGGAAAGAAGUGGGAAUGAUGCAGUAUUUGUGAAGUGGGAGUUGAGUUGGGAGGGAUAAUUAGGGUAAGAGUUCAUAUUUUCAUCAGAAAUGCAAUUAAAAGCAUAACCUAGAUAAUUACCUUCUCUGGGAAACAAUGUGAAUUUCUGUAGUGAUCAUGGAAAUCCGUUUGUUUGAGUUAAGCUCUUGACUUAACUGACUUGCAUAAAUAUACUUUGAUAUGUGUGAAAUACAAGGUCAUAUGGGUUUGGAAUGUUAUCUGCACAAUACAGUAAUUAUUUCAGAUUCUGUCUUUGUUUGUUGUGAAACUUUUUGUGCCUUUAAAUCGUAACAGGAGAAUGCAUCAAUCGCCUGUUCUGUAUAAGAGAGAAAAUUACCAUUCUGGUAAUUUUCCCUGUGUAUACCCAUACAUGCCACUGCUUGGUUUCCUUAUUCUCUAGGGCAUAUCUGUCCACCUUUUUGCUGCCUAGUGGUGAGCACAUCUUGCGGUGCUGACACUGGUAGCACUGGCCAACACGUCUGCUUUUUAGGGACUGGGUCUGACCUCUUCCACAAAAUACUUCCUUGAAUGUCUAGGUAGUCAUCACUUCAUGUAAUUUGAUGGCUGCAUUCCCUCAAUGUUCUCAGCAGUGUAUUUCACCAAUUAAACCUGUGCUAUUUUUUUUUACUUUCCAACUGCCGUAACCUGAAGUACAUUUUUG